AUGCAAUUAGGUGUAACGACUGUGGGUUCUGAAGAGGCUCCUCCGCCGCCACCUGCCGGAGCAAGGAUCUCCGACGCCAUUGGUUCUAAUGGGGACUCUUAUACCGAUUUGAGAUAUCCCACAGCAGACACGUAUCGCCAAAUUAUCGGUAAAGCUCCCAGAAGAUACGACUACGCUCCUUCCAGCGAUGACGAGUGCGACGGGUACUGCCGCGUUGGAGCUAUCGAGUGCGACGGGCAAGAGAUUCGCUGGAAGGUGGCGACGACGGUUGCAGACUUGCAGCGGCAGCGAAUACUUCACUAGUUGAUGGCUGCGGUGGUGGAAGAUGAUGGAAAUGGAGGGCAUGAUCAUUUGACGGUUUACAGCGUGGCAUUGAUUAUGACCGCUACAAAUAACUUUUCCCCUCAAAAUAAGCUUGGCCAGGGAGGGUUUGGACCCGUUUACAAGGUAAAACGUUGA